AUGUCAGAACCAGCAAGUUUGCAGUUAUUUUUUAGCAACUUGGUGGCUACUGUAGGUGCAUAUGAGUACAUAUUUGCUACAAUCGAGCUGAUGAUUAAUUGCUUUCACAUUUUCAUUUUAUCUCGGCCGAGGAUGAGAAUAUCUUCAAUGAAUUCUAUUUUAUUGGGUAUAGCAUUAGCUGAUAUUUUCUUCCCCUUAAUUGCUAUCAAGAAGAAAGCGAGAGUAUGGAUAUUUGGAAGUGAUGAAUGCACAGAGCCUCAAAGUCUACUCGAGACAAGUCUUGACUGGUUUUUGUACACACUGCGCGACGAUUUUCGGCGAUGUUCAACGUGGCUGGGCUUGAUGCUUGCUGGAGUGAGAACCGUUGCAGUCAGAAAUGUAAUGAAUCAGAAUUAUAAUCACAUCUCCCAGCCGGCGUUUGGUUGGAAAAUCAACUUCAUCGUACUUGGCGUCAGCACGUUUUUCUCAAUAUUCUACUACUUCCGAUAUGAAGUUGUUAAUAAUGGAACUUUCUGGACACCUCCGGCAACCUGCGCUCAGUACCCUGCAGGAUUUAGGGUUCCGAAUUUUGUCCUUCAAGAACGAGAAUUUUACAAAGCUGCCAAUGGACUUUUCCGUACUAUUAACUUGUUGGUUGUAGGAGUUUUGGCGAAGUUCUUACCGUGCAUAUUGUUUCCGACGCUAACCAUUAUUUUGACUAAAGAGCUGAAAAAGGCAGUAAGAGCAAGAGAAGAAGCAAGAAAGGAUGGGGCUGUGGGGAAAAAAAAAGAAGUCGCAACACGCUUUGUGAUUUACAUGACUGUUUCUUUUGUUAUUAUAGAAUUCCCUAUUGGAAUUUGUUUUUGUAUUGAAGCGGCUUCAGGAAUUUAUAGUCAAGGAAGCGCUGCUUCAAGUAUCAUCCAACUACUCAACAUGGUCUAUGUUGUACUGACGCUUUCCCAUUUUUUGAUCUGCUUUUCAAUGUCUUCGCAAUACAGAAAAACUGUGAAACAGAUAUUCUCUCGUGGUCCUUCUCUACAAAACAAGGCAAAGUCAGUCAUCAGCGUGGUUCAUAACAGGAAAUCGCAGCCUAGCUCUAGCUUUUGA